UAAUAACAACUACGAUGCCGCGUAUCGGAUUUUAUUUAAACUAAACUUUAAUAGCAGAACAGAGAAAAUAAGGGAACAGACUGGAAUAGCCGACUUGCUGCAACGUGUGGUAAUUGCUGCAUGGCGCAUGGCGAACCCUGAUGAAAACAGUCGAAAUCUCUUGACAACAUAAUAUUUCCCUUAAGCAGGGGAAGAUGUUUGAAGUUUACGAGGCGACGAUAGCGGUAAACAUGCGUGUGUAUCAUUAAUUGUUACACGAAACAGGAAAACCUGUUCGGUUCGUAGAAUCGUUGUACAUCAGAGACCGACUCUGAAUGAGUGAAAAGGUGUAAGGUGAAAGUAAAAUCGUUCGAUAUAUACGCGUGAAAAUAAACGAGCGAUUUGCGGCAUGCUUUUAACGACUCUUUACGCGUGAGUGUCGCAAGCGGCGAAACAUGCUUGUGUUAAGACACUUCGUUGUCGAGCAUGUUAACAUCGUUGUACGCGGCGCGGUGUAUCAACUAACCUAAAACACGCGAUUCCGAUCGACAACAACGUGACGGUAAGAUGUGUUCUUCGGUGAGCGCAAAUCUCUUCACGAUGGCCACAAUCGACAAGUGGAGCAACGCCUGUAGGCUGUGCUCGGAGGAGAAGAACGAGAUGUUGCCUAUUUUCGGCGACGAAGGCGUACAGCGUAAAGUGGCCCAAAAGCUGCGCGCUUGCCUGCCCGUACUCGUUUACAAAAGCGAUCCUUUACCGAAACAGAUCUGUCAGUUUUGUGCAGCCAGACUGGACGACGUGUACCAGUUCAGAGAAUUUUGCCUGAACGUCUACAGGAGUAUGCAAGCCAUGCUGUUGAAGUAUAAUCAGAUAGAAUCUGUGCAGAUAUACCUCGACGCAAUGAGAAACUCGUCAGACCCAUGCCAGGCACAACUUUGUAAGGAAAAAUCUAGAGCGCCACCACCGUUGGUUCCUUUGUCAGCUGCCUUGCCUCUUGAUGAUUUAGUAAUUCCAAUGAAUCAAGUUAGUCAAGAUCAAAAUAUUUGUAUGGAAGUCUUGCCCGAACUGCCAUGUGAAGUGGAGAUCAAGGAGAUGAAUGCGGAUGCAAGUUUGGACGAUGAAGCUGCUAUUUGUGAAGCACUGAAUAUAAGACGGAAAACAUCAGAUGCAUUUGAUAUGAACAUAAACAUAAAAAAGGAUAUCUCUAUUAUAUCCGAUACAGAAGAGAACAAGGUGAUUAUUAAGACAGAGUAUCAAACGAAAAAAGAAGGGAAACGGCUCAGUAUCUUAGAGCAAGUGCUAACCGGUAGUUUAACAGUGAAUAAUCACCAGCAACUACAAUCUAAACAAAAAUUAACUUCGGAAUGGUGGUGCGCGCCUUGCAACAGCUAUUACAAAUCAAAGGAGAUUUUAGUGAAACACAUGCAAUUGGACUGCCCACGUGUAUAUACUUGUAGAACAUGUUCUUUAUCUUUUGACUCUGUUGAAAUCUUGGCAAAGCAUGAGGCAAAUAAUCACUUAAAAGUCAAGUUAAAUUUCGCAGGCAGCUUGAAAGAGUGUCAUCAGUGCGAUCGACAGUUUGCAAGCUGGGAAAUGUUGAGACAACACAGAUUACGCGACCACUUAGCCGAAUUGAGCGAGAUUGGAUCCAAAACAUGGUGUUCAUUAUGCAAUAGAUUUUUUCCCACAGUAGAAACAUAUCAAAAACACAUCCAAUUACACCAAAUAAAUGAGAAUUCCGUAGUGCCGCAAAAACUGCCUUCUGCAGAAUUUUUAAUAUCAAAGAUAGCAGAACGACCGAGAGAGAUUAAAAAGGAAGAACAUUUUUAUGAAAGCGGAAGAUCUCUUACAUGUCCCACUUGCGGAAAGGUUUGCACCCAACAAAGUGCGUUAUCAAAUCACAUGCGCACUCAUGAGCCAAAAAGAUACAAAUGCGAGAUUUGCGGCCGGUCAUUUGGACUUUUUAUACGUCUAGCCGCGCACAGAAUGUCGGAACAUAAUAAGCAGCCAUCAAUGUUGUCAGCAGUCGAGCAAGAAGAAGCGCUCAAUGCUGAGAGAGAAGCAAGGGAAGCAAGGGAAGCAAGGAGUCGUGGGAUUAAAAAUAAAUCUUAUCCGGAGAUGAUAGAGAGAAAUGAUAUUCCGUCGGACGACGAGCCUUCAGUAAAACGUAGCAAUUCUAAAAACGUAGCAAGAUGCGGCAUCUGUCAGCAGUGGUUCGGUGAUCACACCACGAUGUUGACGCAUCUUCAAACGCACUCGGAGAAUUUUUCCUAUAAAAGUUUCACGUGUCAAAUAUGUAAAAAGUCAUUUAAGGAACAAUGGCAGCUGCUCAGGCACGAGAUUUGUCAUAAACAAAUUUGCUCAUCGCCCGAUCACACUUCGCUGUACACAUCCGCUGUUAGCGGCAAACCGCUGACGGACAAGGCGCAUCAGAAGACGCACACGGUGGACAGAACCUACCAUUGUGCAAAGUGUAACAAGAUCUUCUUCAAAGAGGUAUCGCUGCUCGCUCAUCAAUGUACGGGCGUGGCGCUGUUUGGAAAGAAAGUCACCGCGAAACUUUUGCAAAGGACACCGAAUCGUACCAACAAGAGAUACAAUUGUUCCAAGUGUGAGGCGUCUUUUUCAAGCUCACAAUCGCGAAAUGCUCAUAUGCGAAUGCACUCCGAAAGCACGAAAAUCAAUACGGCACAGACACAGGAGAUAAAAGUUGAAACAGAUGACGAACCGAUGCCAAAAUUACGACCGGAGACAUCGCUGGAAUACGAUAUAUCUCCUAUCGAGCCAAAAGUUGAGAUCAACGAGCAGAGCGCGCCGCCACCUCUCAAACGAACUCUUAUCAAAACUGCUAACGGAUACCGAUGCGGUGUGUGCCAGUCGCCGUUCAUAUCGCGAGAGCUCGCCAUUGCGCAUUUAAGAUCAGCACAUCCCGUGAUGCCAUAUCAGUGUCCUUAUUGCAAAAUACGCUUCACGACGCAGUACACGUUCACCCACCACAUCAGAACGGAGCAUCCAGACGAGCCCGAGAAAUGAAGGUCAUCGGAAAUUUAGAGGGAGGGAGUAGACAAAUGAUAUCACAAUAUGUGCCUCGUACUGCAUGUGAGAAUUCUGUUUAUACGAUAUGAUAAGAUGAGACACGUGAAGCAUGUGAUAAAUUAAUAUUCUCUGUUUCACAAAAGAAUGGCCUCGAUUUUCGUCCGUUUGUCUGAUCUUCUUUCUUUUU